AUGACAUUCGAAGACGAUCACAGUGCGCUCAAUGAGCUGGUCGGAGGAUUCAGUAAUUAUCAUGUGCUGUUGUUCGUCAUGAUCGCUUUUCGGGCGGUACCCUCCGGAUGGAAUGAGCUCCUCGUGCACCUAGUUACUCCGAAGCUUCAGCAUUGGUGCGCACCUUACUCCGGCUUCAACCAGACUUCGUGGAAGAGUUAUGCUAUACCAGCUGAUCCCUUUGGUGGACUCGAGCAGUGUACUCAGUACCACCUGGAUUCAUUCUAUCGUUAUGGCCAUUUCCAUUAUCCGGACCGAUACGCGCCACGGACCGAAUGUCGAAACGGGAGAAGUUUCGAAUAUUUUGUGCUGGGGAACACAGCAACAGCCUCCUUCGACUUGGCUUGUGAAUCAGCCUGGCUGAGGGAAUUGCUCGUUACCGCCGACGCGCUCGGAGCUAUUGCAGGUUUCCUCAUUUUCGGACGCUUGAGCGAUCGGCAUGGCAGGAGGAAGGUUUUAUUGUCGUGCGCUGUUUGUACUGUGCUGUUCGCCUUGCUGGACGCCUUCAGUCCUGUAUACACCGUAUUCCUGAUCGGCAGACUCUUUCUGGGAGCUUUCGAUGCGGGAAUUUUCGUUUCCAGCUUGGUCCUAUUCAUCGAGUUGAUACCGCCUCAUUUGCGCUCGUAUGUGAACGUAGGCGUAGGACUCGCGUUCACGCUGCCCAUGCCAAUAUUGGGUUUGCUCGCGUGGCUCAUCCAAGAUUUCCGAUAUUUGCAUCUUUGCCUGGCAUUGGCUUAUACUGCCUUCGUGUUCGUUGUUCCCUUGGUGAAAGAAUCUCCGAGAUGGUUAAUCUCGCAGGGCUACAGCACAGAAGCACAAGAGUCGCUGGAAGCAAUAAUUAAAUUCAACGGCCGUCGACCACCGAAUCCAUCCAGGCUCAUCGAAAUCCUCGAAGAGAAGCGACCCGUCCCCGAUGUCAGCGUGCAAUCGACCCAAACUCUCCUAUUGUCCGGAAUAUUGUCAGCCUCUGCGUUGGCCCUGAGCACAGACUUCCUAUCGAUACAUCGCGCAAGCGAUCCUGACAGCACGCUCCGACACGAUGACCCCUACGCAAGGUAUCAUGGCUACUCGGAGUUCUACGCCGGCUAUCCUAAGUCUGGCUACCGGAUCAACUCGGCGCUACUUUGGUUUUUCAUAUGUAACUGUUUCGCCGAAGUCAUAGGAUCGAUAUUGGGCAUCGCAGCGAACCAUUUCUUCAAUCGUCGAAUCACACAGUGGAUUGCUGUAGCCGCAGCUGCCUGCUGUUUCAUUCUGUGCUGUGCGCUCUUGUUCGGGAAGGGACGGUACUGGUUUCUCAUCCUGGCUCUAUUCCCAAGGCUAGCUCUCCAUGUCGCUAGAUACACGGGAAUUCUCGUCGUGACUGAAACCGCUCCCACAGCAAAACGAUGUUCCGUUGUUGGCAUAGCUCUGGCUUGUGCUACUCUAGUUCGUGCACUAUCGUUCGGACUCUUAGCCUUGGGAGCAUCUGAGAGUGGAGUUCUACCCAUCUGUGCCAUGUCGAUCGCUGCGCUCGCAGGGUUGGUUUGGUUCAGCAGAGAAACGAAGAAUCUGCCUCUGCCGGACUCGUGGGAAGAAACCGCUGAGUGACUUGAUCUCAACACGUCACCGAUACGCUGGCGAUCCGAGCAGCCCGUGCAGGUCCCGAGGACAGUGACUCCCCACCUACUUCAAUUAUCCCGACUUCGCGCUGAAUUUGAGAUUCACUGGAGAAAGAAAUCCAUCUGAAGGAUCUCCUUGGAUCGGACCCCGCUAGACUCCGUGAUUCAACGAGGGCUUGAUCAUUUCCCUGACAUCAUCAGCCCUGAGUUCUUCCAGAAUUUUCGGCCAGUGGGAAAUAAAAGGUCUCCACUUACUCAUGUAGAAACAAGAAGGCAGCGGAAGACAGUGCCUGGCCAAGAGGAUUUCCAUCCGUGACUGGGAUGCGACUGAUCAUGAUGAUCGAAUGUACGCCACCACUGUAUAUAAUACUCUUGUCCCUGUGGAAAAUAUCCGUGGUUUGACCUCGACAUCUUUUCAUGGGUUCAUAAGGACAUUGACCCCUCGCUGGUGUUAAUUUUUCGUUUUUUAACCAUCAUCAAAAUGAGUCGGUCAAUUAUACUCGCACAAUGGAGCCCCUCCGUAUUAGAUGUAAUUAUGAUGAACCGGAAGCUUCUCUCGAGCUGAAAUCCCGUCAAGACUUUCUGACGCGGGCUCAGAAUUAUCUGGUCGGACAUGAGAGGUUCAAAUGAGGAUUCCAUCCCGA